UUGCAUAGCGCGUUGUAGUAAUCAAGUCAAUUGGCGGUAGACAGUGGGACGGCAGCGGAGUAUUCAGGAGGGCUGCUCAGAGUGUAUCAUUAGGUGCUUUAUACCCAAAGAAAGAUACGCCAAAGUAGCCAUUUUUUAUUCCACUCGGUAUCGAAGGUGAAAAAAACAAGGCCUUGCUCCGAACCCAAUGAUCAUGAAAAUUAUUCAUGCAGCACGAGUGCAUGUUAGGCUACUUGCGCGUGAACACCUCACGUCUUGUGUACCAGUCAACUUCUCCCCACGUAAUUCCCUAGACCAUAGUCCUCAUCUACUCCAUGACGCCAUCUGCUCCCUAACCGCAUGUCUUCCUUUUCUUACUCAUCUCGCUGGUAGCCUCAACCUCAUCCUCAUCGGUUACGUGCUGCUCGAUAAGUCUCCAGUCUUCUACUCCGCAAUCGAUUAUGCGUUUAGCCACCUUCCUUCUGACAAUCCGAUCUUACCACUACUCGUAGAAGCUGAAGUAGGAUGCUGGGAGUGAAUGCGAGGUUGAAAGCGAAUGGAGGUAAACUUAAAAGCUGAAGCCAGUUUUGCGGAACAAUGGUGAGCCAUAUUCAAUGCUAUGCCGGCAGCUUAGUACUCAAUACUAGGGUAACUUGCAAACCAUGUACUUUCCCAC